GUCUCCGUCUCAGUCCAGUAAAUUGGACCAUUAACCCUCAGUCCAGGACAUUGGACCAUUAACCCUCAGUCCAGGACAUUGGACCAUUAACCCUCAGUCCAGGACAUUGGACCAUUUGCCACACUGCAAACCAGGCACCACAGACUGAAUAUUGCUUUGAACAAAUACAGCUACACUCACACACUAAACUAAAUCUGUUGGGAUACCUAUUCAUAGCAUUCAUUAAAGACCACUCUGUCUGUCAUAACACUCUGCUACUUUCUGGAUGAAAUAGGUUUGAUUCAUUCAAAACCUCUCAGUGCUUCAUGCAAUUACCUAUGUCACGCACACUCUCCCGUCUGGUAGCAAAUGUCUACACAUACUUACAUGUCUUGUUUUGAUCAAGAAUCAUUUAUUUCUCCUCCAACAGCACCAACUGUUAGUGGUGAGAUCUGUGACAGGCUGUCAGUGAGUCAGAGGAGAGACCUAUGGUGGCUCCUGUCCCCACAGCCGACUGCGUUGUGUUCAGCUGCUCUCCUCCACUCUUCCCCUCACACAGACCCCAGCCUCACAGAGGCAUACCGGCAAACCCCUCCGUCUCCUCAAAUUAACAUGAGCAGAAUAUAUCAAGAACUGGAGACCACUCUACGUACUGCUGAAAACGGACGACUCAUUCAUAGGUUACAAAGAGAAUCCACAGGACGCAGACCUACCCUAUCCCCUGAAUACAUUUUCUUGUUGCAUGCUACCUGCCGCCACGAGGCUACCUGCCGCCACGAGGCUACUACCUGCCGCCACGAGGCUACUACCUGCCGCCACGAGGCUACUACCUGCCGCCACGAGGCUACUACCUGCCGCCACGAGGCUACUACCUGCCGCCACGAGGCUACCUGCCGCCACGAGGCUACCUGCCGCCACGAGGCUACCUGCCGCCACGAGGCUACUACCUGCCGCCACGAGGCUACUACCUGCCGCCACGAGGCUACUACCUACCGCCACGAGGCUACUACCUGCCGCCACGAGGCUACUACCUGCCGCCACGAGGCUACUACCUGCCGCCACGAGGCUACCUGCCGCCACGAGGCUACCUGCCGCCACGAGGCUACCUGCCGCCACGAGACUACCUGCCGCCACGAGGCUACCUGCCGCCACGAGGCUACCUGCCGCCACGAGGCUACCUGCCGCCACGAGGCUAUAUGCCACAGUGGCCUGGAUAAUUUCACAGAUUCUUUAAAAAUGUAACCUUUAUGUAACUAGGAAGUCCCAUUGAGGUCAGAAGACCUGUUUCCCAAGGGAGACCGAGACUUAAAGGGGCAAUCUGGGAUUGGUACAUACCUUUUUUGACUUUUAAAUUAACGACAUACCCAUUGAUUCUUGAAGAUAAAUUAUAAAUGCUAACAGAACCCAAAAUAUAAGGUUGUUUUACUCAAUUGCUUGUUCACAAUGUAAUUGUAAACAACCACUGUAUAGCCUCAAAACAUGGUUGAAUGUAUCAUUUUGAUCUCAUGGAAGACUGGUCCUUGCAUUCAUAUUUCAGUGUACCCGUACAGAAAAACCACAUGUUUUCCCAUGUGAAAGAUCACAUCAUUUCAUGUGAAAAUGUGUUUUUGGAACACUUCACAUGUUUCAUGGUAUCACAUGUUGCUUAACAUGUUGUCACCUGUUAUCAUAUUAACUUCACAUACGAUCACGUGAUCUUCAUGUGGGGUUUAUGUGAGGAUAUACAUUUGAGAGUGGUUACAUUUCUCCAGCCCCAACUAGACACUAAGCUGGUGGAAACAUCUGACUCCUUGGCACAGUUCCUACAACGAAUGCCACAGUAUUUAAAUGGACAUGAAAUAAAUACAACAACAUCCUUUUGUCCCAACACGUAACUCAACUGGCAAUGGCCUGAGAUUUGCAUUAUCGUUGCCAGCGGGGUAGUUUUUAUAAGGGAAAGAAAGGACAGCUUAAGAGGGUGUGUCCAUCCAUCCAUCCAUCCAUCAGCCUUGCUGUGUUACCACUCGGACACAUGGAGGGAGUUUGUUCUCUCUCUACAUCCGUCAGGUAUCUAGCGUGGCCAAUGGCCAGGUUUUAAUCUAAAUGCUGGGGCAGAGAGGGUGGCCAUACAUCUGGCCCCGGCUGGCUUGGCAGCGCUACAGUAUUCCCACAUCUGUUCUCCAAAACGGUGAGGCCAGGUGGUGCUGUGAGGCUGGCUGCUGUAGUCAAAAGGCCAGUGAAAUGGAAUGGUGCAGCCCUGCCUGUCUGCCUGCACGUCUGUCCCCAGAGUGGGGAAAGAUAUUUACUGUCACUGACAGACAGACACUGCCUGUCUGUCUGAACAAUGGGCUACCUUCUAAUGUCAAAUACUCACAUCUCAGAUAACUCACCUACAGAUAUAGGAUCUUAAUUUGCAGAUUAUUGUCACAGCAAAAUAAUCCUGCAGCAACAGGAUUUGAAAGUUUAGUCCAUAAGGAUGCUUGAUCAGUGGUUAAACUAUUAGCUGGCCAAAAUCACGCCGCAUGAAAAGGGCAAUAUUGUUAAUAUCACUGUGUAAUAGUACGGGUUUUCAGUAA